CCUACAGUCUUCUUAGCUCGCAAUGUUGAGCCUGACGAUCUCCCCCUUGAAGAAAUGCUCCAAGACCUUUCAAAAUACAUCACCAAGGAGGGAGACUACCCUGUUGCUCGUGGUGGGUUCGGGGAGAUCUGGAAAUGCACCUUGCACAUCGAUCGUAGCUCGGUCAAAGUUGCAGUGAAAGCAUUGCAGGUGUAUGCUGGUGAUCAACUUGGAGCACCGAAGAUGAAAAAGAUCAAGAGGAUAAAGCGUGAACUCAAGAUAUGCGCCAAACUCAACCAUGCAAAUAUUCUGCGCAUUCAUGGUUAUACGUAUGGUUUUGGCCCAUUGCCAGCGAUAAUCAGUCCUUGGGCAGAGAAUGGAAACUUGACAGUCUAUCUGGAAAAUAAAGGUGCGGCUCUGACUCUCGUUCGACGAUUCCAGCUGCUAAGAGAUAUUGUAGCUGGCCUGCAAUAUCUCCACGCCAACAGUGUAAUCCAUGGCGACUUCAAUGGGCCUAACGUGUUGAUCCGUGCUGAUGGCACUGCGUGUAUUGCUGACUUUGGUCUUUCCUUGAUGUAUUCCGAAAUUGUAAGCGCCUCUCAGGCUUCCUGGACGUCCACUCUCAAAGGAAACAUGCGAUGGAUGGCUCCUGAACUGCUCUUAGAGCGAGAGGAUGGUUCUCAAGUUCGACCAAGCGAGCAGAGUGAUAUGUAUUCAUUCGGCGGUGUCAUGUUGCAGGUACGUCUGGGUUAAUUUUAGCCUUUCAUUGACAAUCACAAGCUCCACUCACAGGUCCUCACCAAUAAAGUACCCUAUUAUCACCUCACGAAUGAUGCCCGUAUCAUAUUUUGCAUAGCCAAGUCGGAAACGCCUUCCCGAUCUCGUUAUUCUGCACUCCCUGAAAAAUACUGGGAGUUUAUCGAGCAAUGUUGGUCUACUGAUCCUUGGGACCGUCCCUCGACGGAGGGAGCUGAUACAACGAUCAGGAAUGAAUUUUAC